AUGAAUAAAAUUAUUGUUUAUGAAUAUGAAGACUUCAAUGGACUCAGUAAAGAAUUCAUUUCAGAUGUUCCUGACUUACGCAGUGUGGAUUUUGGAGAUUGCAUUUCCUCCUUGAAGGUCAUUGGACAACCGUGGCUGGCCUUCCAGAAUCCAAACUACAAAGGUCUGCCUGCUGCAUUCGAGGAAGGGGAAUACAAGCGCAUCCCCUUAAAUAAUCAAAUUUCUUCUCUCCAGCUAGUGACUGAAGACUUGGAAAAUCCUCAGAUCACACUUUAUGAGAACGCAAAAUAUGAAGGGGCAAGCAAAGUAAUAACAGAGGAAACAAACCUGACGUAUGGAUAUUUCAAUAACAAGGCAUCUUCCCAUAUUGUCCAGAAAGGAGCCUGGCUCCUUUAUGAAAAAGCUUAUCGAAGUGGCUGGCUCUGUAUUGCUCGGGAAGGAACAAAAAAUCCUGAUUAUGGCUCAAUAUUUAAUUUCCAUGAUAAGUGUUCUCAUGUAUAUCCUCUUAAAGCCGGACGGCCUGUUAUCACAACCAAGAUCUUAUGGGAUCGCAAGAAGGUGGAGAGUGAAAGUGAAGUGGUGAUUGAUGAAUUCAUUGGAAUUAAUGCCACAGAUUUUGAGCAAACAUUCAACAGUAGCAACAGCAGAGUCUAUGAAACAGCCACAAGCCACAGCUUUAAAUUCACACCUAACCUUCAAAUAGAUGAGAAGUUCACCUUAAGCAUAGAUCCAAGCACAACCCUCACUGUGGAGAAAGGAAAACCAGAGUCUAUUCAUACUAUAGACAAAGUGAAGGUGAUUGUGCCAGUCAAGAUUCCACCACAUUCAGAACUGAAUGUCCAGGUCAUCAAGAAGCUGGUCACUGCCUCGGCACCUGUGGAAGUGAGCAUUACCAGGAAUGGGAAGACAAAGACAGAGAUUGGAGAGUAUCGUACUGUGUCAGGACGUAGCAUCAAUGCAAGAUAUGCCGUUAAGCCAAUUGAGAUAAAAAAGAAAACAUAG